AUGGCUUCAUUCGGACAAAAGUUUGCCAACUUCCGUCAUUACCUUUGGUACGGAGAAGCUGGUAUUAGAACAGUUCACUUUUGGGCACCAGUUUUCAAGUGGGGUCUUGUGAUCGCUGGUAUUUCCGAUUUAUCAAAGCCACCUGAAUUGGUUUCCACUAACCAAAAUGUAGCUCUUACUGUUACUGGAUUUAUUUGGAGUAGAUAUAGUACUCAAAUUAUUCCAAAGAACUGGGGUUUGUUUGCUGUCAACUUCUUCGUUGGAUGUACUGGUUUAUAUCAAUUGGGCAGGAAAUAUCAAGCUGGUAUUCUUUUCGAAAAUCAACAAAAGAAGGAAUAA